AUGGCAGAUGAAAAGAGACCGAUCGUGGCCUUCUUAGGUCCUGAGGGCAGCUACACACAUCAAGCCGCCCUCUCCGCCUUCCCCCCAGCAUCACCAACAACGCCACCAGUAACCCUCACCCCCUCCAUAACAAUCGAAGACGUUUUCUCCGCCGUCCAAUCCGGCAUCGCAUACCGCGGCGUCGUCCCCUUUGAAAACAGCUCAAACGGCAGCGUAGUCUUUACCCUCGACCUCUUCGCCGACCUAAACAACAAGUAUCCUGAUAUUCUUGUUACGGGAGAGGCGUAUGUGGCUGUUAAGCACUGUUUGUUGGGGUAUUCGAAUGCUUCAAGUACCGGCGAAAGAGAUGGAGAUGGAAGAAAUGGCAAAGACUUCUCGCACAUCAAGAAACUGUACUCGCACCCACAGGCUUGGGGCCAGUGUAAGAACUUUCUGGCCAAGUACCUCAAGACGGCUGAGAGGCACGACGUGAGUUCCACGAGCAAAGCCGCGGAAAUCGCGAGUCAAGAUAAAACCGGCGAGUCCGCCGCCUUAUCUAGUGAAAUCGCCGCAGAGCUCUUCAGACUGGACGUGCUGGCCAAGGAGAUCAACGAUAAAAAGGCAUUCGAAUCCUGGUGCGCUGGCGAAUUGUCUGACGGUGUUUUCACGUCAUGGGAUUAA